AUGAUUUUCUCUAAAUACCUGCCCUAUAGCUCUAAGAAUCUGUGUCCUUGCAAGAUUUUGAAACUUAUUGCCAAGACAGAUCUGCAAUUACAGAAGGAGGGUAAGUCACAGUGCAGCAGGGUGCAUCAAAGACAAGGAGAGAACCCUUGGAAACCGUGGCACUGGCUGCAGGAAGAUGGCUGCUCGGUCGCGGAGGCAUAUCUCUGGAUUGCAAAGCAGCCACGGGGUGACUUCUGUGAUGGGGCUAAGAAGGCGAUUGAUGAACCUUCUUUUACGACUUCCAUGGAGUGGGACACGCAGGUGGUGAAAGGGUCUUUGGGGCUGGAGGAGUUGCCGUCCGGCCCGCGGCUGCCGCGCUGGCUGCAGCCCGAGAGGUGCUCCGUGUUCCAGCGCGCGCAGGGCCACGGCCUGCUCACUGACUCCGUGCACAUCGCCUGGGACCUGUCGCGGUCCCUCGGGGCUGUGGUCUUCUCCAGAGUCACAAACAAUUCUACCCCUGCUGCCCUGGCUGCCUUGAGAGGCCACUUCUGCCUUUCCAGUGACAAAAUGGAGUGCUACCUCUUAAAAACAAAAGCCAUAGUAAAUGCAUCUGACAUGGAUAUCCAUAUCAUCCCUCUACCAGAACGGAUUGCAGAGCUGAAAGAGCAGAUAAUGUUAACACAUAGUUGCUUAAAUUCACUCAUGAAAAUUCUGAAGGAAGUGCCUCCUGACCAGUCCAAGCAAACAAACUGA